AUGACCAAAACCUGGUACGUCUUCUUCCCCAACAUCACCAUCCAGAACCACGCUACAUACAAAAACCACGAACUCCUCGACCAGAUGCUGAUCGAGCUCCGCGAGAAGAACAUUAUCAUCGAGACGACGCAGAAUCCCGCGCAUGCUGCGUUGUGGGUUCUGCCGGUCAAGACGCCGGUGGAUGUGGAGAGUGAGGCGGACGUCAUCUUUUAUGCGUCGGAUUGUGUACGGAAUGUGCAGAAGAGUGGGGAUGAGAAGUGGUUUCUGUUGAAGAAGGCUGCGCUGGGUCCCGGCUAUGGCUAUUUCAAACACGAUAUCGAAUUCGGGAAUCCCACCAUCACCCUCAUCGACUUUCCAGAGCGUGGAUACGGGCGCCUACGAGAGUCUUUGAGCUGGCAUCCGCACAUCUCCCCGAGUGACCUUCACCACCAGCUAACCGCUGACUCGGAAUCGAUUUCCACUCGAUAUAUCCUCGUCCAAGACCUGACUCCCUGCCUGUGUCUUCGAGUAGGGGCGAUAUUCGACAUAGACCCGCAGUUCUUUCUCGACCACGCCAACAACCAAGUCAACGGGUCUGUUCGUCGAUCGUCACGAUUGGCGAAUGCGGCACAUAAACGGAAGCAAAUCGAGCGACAGGAUCGGGUGACGGUGGAGAAUCGGACGACGGGUGAUGUGUAUAAACGGAUUUGGGUGACAAUUGUGCGAUCAGAGUUGAAUAUUCUUCGUUCCGAGUUGGAUUUGUCGGUUGUGUCGACGGCUGAGCUGGCGGCGGUUGAGGAGAGGGUUUCUGUGUAUCAGAUUGAGAGGGAUUGAGUUGAUCUGCGUUGUGGUUAUCAAGCUAAUGGAAAGUCA